AUGGCUGAUCCCGGCAUGAUUGAAAGACAGAGCCCAACAUACAACAAAUACACCACCGGCAAAGAAAUGAAGGAGACGCCAGUGAGCAAGGCGUCAUCACCGACCGAGGUCGAGCUUGGGAUGAGUUACCAAUCUGAGUCCAAUAACGUCUGGUCCAAAAUCAGCAGAUGGAUCAAUCUCAUUGGCGCAGAGGAAUAUGGAGUCGAGCAGAUCCCAGAAGACGUGAGGACCGACCAGAAUCCGCGAGACCUGUUUACUUUCUUCUUCAGUGCCAAUUGUGGAACCGCUUCCAUUGCACUCGGAUAUCUGGGACCUACGUUGUUCUACCUGGGAUGGUGGGACUCGUUCCUGUGCUGCCUCUUCUUCAAUUUGAUCGGGGCGAUCCCCGCGGCUUGGCUGGCAACUUUUGGCCCUAAAAUGGGCCUGCGCACUAUGAUACUCCCCCGAUUCUGCUUUGGCUGGUGGCCGGCUAAGGUGCUUGUUUUGCUCAACUGCCUGAACCAGAUCGGAUGGGCCAUGGUUAACUGUAUUGCUGGUGCUACCAUUUUCUAUGAUGUCGGAGACGGGAAACUACCAAUGGCCGUGGCUGUCCUCAUCAUCGGCCUGGCAGCUGUCAUCGUUGGCCUCUUUGGCUAUCAUCUGGUGCACGUCUAUGAGAGGUGGUCCUGGAUCGCAAUGCUCAUCUGUUUCUGUAUCCUCGCUGGUUUCGGAGCACCACACUUUGUGAAUGUGCCCAUGGGCAAGGGCCCCCGCCGAAAUCUCAGCACCGACUACGGAGUGUACAUGCGUUCGGACACUCCGCCGUGGAAGUGUUUCCUAUAUGCAUUCUUGGGCCUCUUUACCAGCCAAUUUCUGAUUGAGGCACUCGGCGCUGCUAUUGGCACUUUGGUGUUUAGUUCCAACCCUGUUUUCACCGCUGCCUAUAACAGCGGCGGCCUGGGCGGCCUCAUCGGCCAAUGCUUCCAGGGACACGGCGCGGGCGUCACUGGUUUCGGCAAGUUCGUCCAGCUCAUUUUGUCCUUUUCGACCGUGGCGGUCAUCAUUACGAACAUUUACUCCCUGGGACUCAGCAUUCAAAUGAUGUCGAAAAAGUUGCUGAUCAUUCCCCGUGUUGUCUGGUCUCUGAUCGGUGCCGUUAUCUUCCUGGCGGCCGCUAUUGGUGGUCGCAAUAAUCUGGAGGCGGUUAUGUCCGACUUUUUGAACAUCUGUGCCUACUGGCUGACGCCCUUCUGCACUAUCUUGAUGGUCGAGCAUUUCGUGUUCCGACGCGGAUAUACAACAUAUGAUGUUUCUGCGGCGUUUGAUCGGAAGCGCCUUCCUCUUGGAAUCGCAGCUUUCUCGGUCUUCGUCAUCGGCACUGUAUUGGCCUUGCUUUGCAUGAGCCAGACUUGGUGGGUUGGCCCGAUUGCUUUGAAAGUGGGCAAUGCACCCUAUGGAACUGAUAUUAGCUGGGAGCUUUCUUUGGGGGCUGUUACUCUUCUGUAUAUUCCGCUGAGAUACUUGGAACGCAAGUAUACCGGCUUCAAAUCCGAGUUUGAAGGCGACAUAUAA